AGUGGCCCGGACUUUGCAGGCAGCGGCGGCCCGGGCGGAGCGGGAUCGAGCCCUCGCCGCGGCCUGCAGCCAUGGGCCCGCGCCGCCGCCGCCGCCUGCCUCCCGGGCCACGCGGGCCGUGAGCGCCAUGGCCGUGGCCCCCGCGGGCGGCCAGCACGCGCCGGCGCUGGAGGCCCUGCUCGGGGCGGGCGCGCUGCGGCUGCUCGACUCCUCGCAGAUCGUCAUCAUCUCCGCCGCGCCCGAUGUUGGCGCCCCGCAGGUCCCCGCCGGCCCCGCCGCGCCGCCCGCCGGCCCCCGCGACCCCGACGUGCUGCUCUUCGCCACACCGCAGACGCCCCGACCCGCGCCUAGUGCACCGCGUCCCGCUCUCGGCCGCCCGCCGGUGAAACGGAGACUGGAUCUGGAAACUGACCAUCAGUAUCUGGCUGGGAGCAGUGGGUCGUUCCGGGGCAGAGGCCGCCACCCAGGGAAAGGUGUGAAAUCUCCAGGGGAGAAGUCACGCUAUGAGACAUCGUUAAAUCUGACCACCAAACGUUUCUUGGAGCUGCUGAGCUGCUCAGCUGACGGUGUUGUUGACCUGAACUGGGCGGCUGAGGUGCUGAAAGUGCAGAAACGGCGCAUCUAUGACAUCACCAAUGUCCUUGAGGGCAUCCAGCUCAUUGCCAAGAAGUCCAAGAAUCAGAUCCAAUGGCUAGGCAGCCACACCAUGGUGGGAAUCAGCAAGCGACUUGAAAGCCUGACCCAGGACCUACAGCAGCUGCAGGAGAGCGAGCAGCAGCUGGAUCACCUGAUGCACAUCUGUACCACACAGCUGCAGCUGCUUUCUGAGGACUCAGACAGCCAGCGCCUGGCCUAUGUGACCUGCCAGGACCUUCGUAGCAUAGCGGACCCUGCAGAACAGAUGGUCAUAGUGAUCAAGGCCCCUCCUGAGACCCAACUACAAGCUGUGGACUCUGCAGAGACAUUUCAGGUCUCUCUUAAGAGCAAACAAGGCCCCAUCGAUGUUUUCCUGUGCCCUGAGGAGAGUUCAGGAGGCAUCAGCCCUGGGAGGACCCCAUGCCAAGAGACAUCAUCUGGGGAGGACCGGACCUCUGACUCUGGCACUGCAGGACCUCCACCAUCAACUCCUUCCACAUCCCCGACCUUGGAUCCCAGCCAAUCCCUGCUAGGCCUGGAGCAAGAACCAGUAUUGUCACGGAUGGGCAGCCUGAGGACCCCCACGGAAGACCAUCUGUCACCGCUGGUGGCUGCUGACUCACUCCUGGAGCAUGGUCGAGAAGACUUCUCUGCGCUCCUCCCUGGGGAGUUCAUCAGCCUUUCCCCACCCCAUGAGGCCCUUGACUACCACUUUGGCCUUGAGGAGGGUGAAGGCAUCAGAGAUCUCUUUGACUGUGACUUUGGGGAUCUGACCCCUCUGGAUUUCUGACGGAAGCCUAGGCAGCCAGGGCGUCUACCCUGUCUGCAGCUUUGGAGCCUCCUGCCCUGGGCCAUCCUUCCUGCCUCAUUGGAAAAGCACGAUUCAUACCCUCUUCUCUUUGCAGUAGCUUCUAGCUCUGGGGUUUGGCUGCUUCAAGAUGAGCAGACCAAAAGGGGAAGGAUUUUGUAUGGUGUGUGUGUGCAUGUGCACGCGCAUAUACACCCCACACUGCGCAGUGUAUGUGGGGUAUAUUCUGUGUGUGUGCGUGCGUGUGCAUGUGUGUGUGUACCGGGGAAUGAAGGUGAACACAUCUGUAUGUGUGCUGCAGACACAUCCUGGUGUGUCCACAUGUGUGCAUGAAUCCAUGUGUGCGCAUUGGGGUGGGGGUGGGGCUCUAACUGCACUUUUGGUGUCCUUGCUGCAAAGGCCCUGUGAGGCCCAGGGUGGCUGCCUGCUCCCAGAAUUCUGUGUCAGCCAGGCCAAGUGGGACAGCUAUCUUGGCUAGCUGGGAUUGCAGAGCGGCAAGAGCACUUCUUAAAGGUUUUCCGAUCGAA